CAAGUGUACACAAAAACAACAUAGCCUCGCAUGCGUAAAUCUGUGCAGGGUAGUCUCUGUAGAUGGGUUGGGACGCUUCCCCCAUUGGAAUACCAAACGUUGAGGUCAUAUAUAGAUAACCUAUGUAUGUUCUCGUGAUUUGCCUAACCAGUCCAAUCUUUAUUAGGCUGCCUUGCGACAGACAGAGCAGGCUAAACCUGGUGUAGGAUAACGUUCUCCUUGUGCUUCAUGGCAUUGGUCAAAGGAAAACAGAUACUGAAGUGAGAAAAUUCCACCUGUUUUGCUCAUUCAGAACCUGCAAAACAUGUGUGGCAUCUGUUUUAUAUGCUGUUUUUCUGAGGAUGAAAUUGAUGGAUUGGUAUCAUCCAACCAAACUUUGUUGUCACGUCGGGGACCUGAUUGCAUUGAUAAGAGAGACAUUAAAAUUGAUGAGCUAAGGUUAACAUUUCAAGGAUCAGUGUUGUGGCUUCAAGGAGAUGAGCCAUCACCGCAACCGUUUGAAGACUCACAUGGAAAUCUUCUGCUUUGGAAUGGAGAUAUUCUUGCCGGAUAUGAGAUAAGUAAAGAGAUAAGUGACACAAAGUACAUAUCAGAAGCUUUAGCUUCAAAGGAUGAGGAUGAGAUGAUCUUGUUCUUCAGCAAAAUUAAGGGACCAUGGUCAUUUGUGUACUUUAGAAAAGAAGAAAAGCGAUUAUACUUUGGCAGGGAUAUGUUCGGUAGGCACAGCUUGCUCUGGCAGAAGCCACAGGAAGACUGUCCUGUAUUUAUGGUUAGUUCAGUUUCUCACCGAAAGGAAAGUGUUCAAGAAGUACCAGCAUUGGGCAUUUACUUUUUAGAUCUUGAUUCCAAAAGAGUGUUAUCUGAUUUUUGUGUAAGUCUUAUUCCUUGGAGUCACAAAGUUUUAAAAGGUUUAGGUGAUCUAGAAUCCUUCAUUCGUGUGGAGCAACGCACAAUUGUGUCGCCUGUGGUGAACCCCCUGAACACUACUGUUGCCGAUGAUACGACCACAGAUUUUUUACGAUCUCUACCGUGUUCCUUAGGGAAGGCCGAUACAGAACAUUUGUAUUCAUCAAUGAAGAUUGAAAUAGAUAAUUUGUUGAAUGUGCUGUGCUAUUCUGUACAAAGGAGAGUUGACAAAUGCCCUCAAAGAUGUAAGAAUUGUACAAGAUCAAUGGAAUGCAACCAUUCAAAAAUUGCUGUGUUGUUCUCCGGUGGUGUAGAUUCUGCUAUGAUAGCGCUAAUUUUAGAUACAUGUGUUGAUGUUGGGGAGAGCAUAGAUCUGCUUAAUGUUGCGUUUGCACAGAAACAUUCAGCAAAUGGUAAUGAAAAGAACACCAAAGCAAAUACAAAAAUCAAGGAUUCGAAGUUGGAAACUCGGCAUGAUACGCCCUUGGAUUAUGAUGUACCUGACAGAAUAACAGGAAGAGAAUGUUGGAGACAGCUACAAGGAAUCAGACCUAACAGGAAAUGGAACUUUGUAGAGAUAAAUGUAACCAGCGAAGAGCUGGCAGAAGAAAGAGCAAGUCACAUUUCCCACUUGGUGGCUCCGUUGAUGUCCGUUUUAGACGACAGCAUUGGUUGCGCUCUGUGGUUUGGUGGACGAGGUCAGGGAUUUAUUGCGGGGAAUCCUUACACUUCUCCUGCACGUGUCCUAUUAUGUGGGAUGGGGGCUGAUGAACAAUUAGGUGGAUAUGCUCGUCAUCGUGUUCGGUUUAAUGACGGAGGAUGGGCUGCUCUUUUGGAGGAAAUUGAUCUAGAAAUUUCCAGGAUCCCCACCAGAAAUUUGGGUCGUGAUAACAGAAUAUUAGCUGACCAUGGGCGUGCACCAAGAUUUCCCUAUCUGGAUGAGGACGUCGUAUCAUUUUUAAACACCCUCCCGAUCUGGAUGAAAGCAAACCUUGAUAUGCCAAGAGGACUGGGAGAGAAACUCAUACUGCGAGUUGCUGCAUCUCGCUUAGGACUAACAAUUGCAGCUGGACUACCAAAGAGAGCCAUCCAGUUUGGCUCUAGAAUUGCAAAAUUAGAAAAUUCUAAGGAAAAGGGAUCUGAUUCCUGUACCAGACUACUCUCAAAUUCAUGACAAUAAUAGCUUUACUUCUUAAACAGAUCCUGAUACUUUUGAUAAAAUAUUUUCUGUAAAAUAACAGCAACAUUUAAUUCAUGGCUCCCCUUCUGGUGUAGCUAUUUAGUUAACUAUGGUAAUUAGUUAACUAGGUAGGAUAAAGUAACCUGACAAUUAACUGUGCAUUCUACAGAAUACGUUGCAUGUACUGUUUGCAGAUGGGAUGAGUUAUUGUGAAGUUUUAUGUUGCAGUUCUUCAAGUAAAGAUGGUUGUCACAGUUCUGUGAAUAGUUUAUGGAAUUCUGUCUAUAGAGAAAGGAAUUUUUUUUAUUGUAUUUUCAUUGAUAUAGGAGGUUUUAUUGUGACCACAGGGUCAAAAUAAAGAAUUCUAGAGUACAGUUAUGCACUUUAUUUUGGUUAGGUCUGAACUUCAAAAAUUAGUGUUAAACUGGUUGUAUGUAAAAGAUGUUUAGUCUUAUUGUCAUACAGUCAUUGUCAGAUUGCUUAUGGCGUUUUAAUAGACAUUGAUAUUUAUGUAUUUGUGUCUUCUUCAAAGAAAGAAUUUCUGUCUUUUCUUUAGAGUGUCUUCUGUAUCAGCUGUCGCACAUAGUUCUUUUAUUUUUUUACAUUAUUGCAAGUGAAUGUCGUUGCAGUGUAUGUUACUAAACAAUUUCUUUUUGAUAAUGAUCAUGAUGUCAUAGACACUUUUGUACUCGUGUGUAUGUGAUGAAAGAGAAUCUGUACAGCUAUUAAUGAUUCAUUAAAUCUGCUUCAGGAGUUAAUUGUCAAAAGUUGUCCAGCCAACAAGAGCUCAGUUCUGCUACAGGGCAUUGAAUGAUGGUUGUACAUGAUGAGCUCUUGUGGGAAGACAGCACGGGGUUGUGAGGAGCCCCAAUGUUCGUCCUUACAAGCUUGAGGAGGAUUCACAUGAACCAUGUAGGAGCAUAAUUAUUUUUGAGGAAGCUUUGAUGUCACGUACUGUACUGGCCAAAUGUGAGGAACAAUAAAUGUUGUUUUUAAAUAAAAA